AUGGCCGGCCGCAUCGAGCUCCCCUUUCUCUAUCAAACAAGAACAAUCCUUCGUCGACCAGUACGGAUAUAUCGAACAUCACAGCGACGGCUGAUAUCAGGUUACCCAAAGGUGUUCGUCGAUGGCAAACAAGAAUCCAGAACUCCGCUGUCACCUCCUGAAGAAUCUUAUCUUCAACAGAGAGGUCGCCAGGCGUCCAAGUCUUCAACCGGCAGACUACCAGAGUUUCUCGGCUCUAGUGUAAACUCCACGAUCACGGCGAGUGAACGACGCGCAUUCGAGACCAUCCUCCGUUUCACACCUGACGAGCCACGAUCUGGGCCUGUCGGUGUCAAAGACCAGACGCCUCAGGACGAUGCAUUGGACACGGACAUCGAAAGCAUUCUCGACAUCUUCGCCACUUCAGUUCGGAGCUAUAAUGCUGCGCGCGAUGCCAGACUGGCCAUCCGCGACCAGGACCAGGACCAGGACGAAGCUCUGGAUUCACUAGAAUCCAAACUCGAUGCGCCGUCACGACAACAACAGCAGCCCCGAGAACCAGACGUCCCACUCGACGAGCAGUCAUUCAGACAGAUCGCCGACAGUCGUCGUUUCGAGGGCUUCAACGAUUCCAUCAAGGCUGCCGUCCGCAGAUCCAUGACUGAGAUCUCGGCCGCGCUCCAAGCAGCCGCGGCGUCGCCCACCGAACGGGGCGACGUGGCCAUGUGGCGUGUUUGCGAAACACAGAUCUUCUCGCUCGCGGCGUAUCUGCGUCCGAAACCCGUAAAGCGACAACGGUACAUUGGGCCGCUGAGAUUUUCCUUCUCGAGAACCGAGUCCGACGACGCUCCUCUCGCUCUCGAGGCCGCCUCCCGCGAAUUCAACGCGGCCCAAGAGGCUUCCAAUCCGUCCGUGGCCAGCGCCGAGACUCUCCAGCAGCGCAGCCACGACGAGUCUCUAUCGGAUGACGAAACUCAGAUGCUCAUCUCUCACAGCAUCUUGCACCACGUGUACCCGGCUGCUCUCCUGCUCGCUCUGCGCCUGUACAUCCGCCACUUUCCGUCGUCGCACCUUGCGCACAAUCUCCUCCCGCGAAUCCGCUCGUACGGGCACACGAGCUACGUCCUCGGCGCCAGUCCCCAAUUUUACAACUCCCUCAUGUAUCUCGUGUGGUCGACGCGGUCGUCGCUUCGGGAAAUCGACGCGCUCCUGUCCGAGAUGGAGGGCGGCGGCGUCGAGAUGAACGAAGAAACCUACCGCAUCCUCAAACAGAUAGAGGACGAGCGCGCCGCCGACCUCGAACUGGACGAAAAGGACGCCGGCACGCUGCUGGGCAGUCGCGGUGGGCCCUGGUGGAGGAGACAUGAGCAGGUGUUCUGGUUCCCGCGCAUCCUCGAUUGGCUCAGUGUCGUCUCAAAACGGCUGAACACUGCAGCCAUUGAAGGGAAGCCUUGA